AUGAAGCCCACUGAGUGGUACGUACGGAUCAAUUAAAGGGAAAGAGAAAAGAGGAAAAGCUUCAUGCGCCCUCUCUCCGUGUGUGUGUGUGUGUAGAUCCAUCCAUCCAUCCAUUCGUCCGCGUGUGCGUUUGGCAGCGUGGAGUAUCAUCAUUAUGUUGGUGACGUACGGCUCCUUCUGGCCGCUCUUCAAGCGUGCGCUGGACAGAUGCGACCAAGGCCACCACAUGGUGAGUGGGUGCAACCACACACAGAGGAAAGGUGAACUCACACAGAGAGAGAGAUGGAUGCACACGCACAGGGAGAGAGAACUCUCUCUCUCUCUCUCUCUCUACGUGUGCGUGUGUAUGGAUGGAUGGAUGGACGGGCUUGUGUGUGUGUGUCCAUUCACUCACAGGUGCACAUCUACUACUAUCCCUGUCCGGACGGCAUCGCAUCGCUCACACUCAUAGAGGUACCUCAGCAACACACAAACAGACAAAGAGACAGAGAGAGAAAGAGGCGCGCACAGUAUAGCACAGCACAGCACAGCUCAGCACCCUCUCUCCCUCCUUAUGCACGUGUAUGUGUGUGUGUGCGUGUAUGUGUGUAUGGUUGAUCGAUUGGUCAGAUGUUGAUACCUCAAGGCGUGCAGGUGGCCAUGACGCCCAUCAAAGACAACGAUACCCUACGGGUAAGAAAGAAACCGUGUGUGUGUGUGAUAUCCAUCCGUCCAUCCAUCCAUGCAUCCAUCGAGCCCUCUCUCUCUAUCUCUCUGUGUGUGUGUGUGUGUGUGUUAGUUGAAGGCGAUUGAGCUGGCGAAGAGCGCUACUACGGAGGUCAGUCAGUCAGUUUGUGUGUAUGUAUGUGAUGUGUGUGAUGUGAGCAUAGACACACACACACACACACACAUGUUGAUGCACAUGUGCUGAUGUGCAGAUUCCGCUGCUGAUUCUGAUCAACCUCGGCGCACACACCAACCUGCCUCUGUGGUUCGGCGGUACGGACGUGAACAGAUUGGCAUACAGAGAGAGACCCAAACAGGCCCACAUUGGAUUGAUGGAUGCCCAUGGACGGAUUUGUCCGUAUGUGUGUGUGCAUACAGAUGACAACAACACGGGUGUGGAGCAGCCGGACUUUCAGGAGGGUGCACACGGCCGCAAAGAGCGCACACACAUCUGGGUGGCUACCUCACACACACUCAUUUAUUCAUCCAUCCAUCCAUGUGUGUGUGUGUCCACACAUCUAUGUGUGCAUGUGUAUGUGUGUGUAGGUGUUCGAUUCGCACCGUCCGUUUGACCUGGACAACGUGCACGACGGACACGCCGACGGAGCCAGUGCCGUAAGCCUCCUCCACACACACACACACACACACACACACGUGCGCGCGCGCAUCGGACAACACACGUGCGGUCCAUAUGGACCGCACAUUAACUAAUUCGGUGUGUUGUCCAUCCAUCCAUCCAUCCAUGCAUCCAUCAGUCGGUGCAUGUGUGUCUGACGCACUUCGACCUGACUGUGCUCAACAACACCAACAUGAAGGUCGCUGAGGACCAGGACCACCACAGAUACCCUAAACACACGUCCAUGGUCGGCGCCCUCACCAUGCACACAAUGAACACCACACCCCUCUCCCCGAUACACACACACAUCUCUUGUGAGUCUGUCCGUGUGUGUGUGUGUCUAUGUCAGUUUGAGGAGGAUCUGGCCAACGAAUACGGCCUGGACGAGGCGAGCAUCCACACCAUCACACGCGCACACACAGAGAGAGAGAUAGAGAGAGAGGGAGAAAGAGAGAGACAGAGAUGCACACAGUGUGGCUCUAUAUGUGUGUAUGUGUGUGUGUGUCAGGACGGCGACAUAGACGUAGACGUAGACCUGGACGAUGAAGACGACGACGAUCCCAUGGCGGCCGGCAACCAGAGAGACCAAGAGGGGCAAGUGAGUCAGCCCUAUGAAUCGCAAGAAUCCCACAUCAUUUGCAUGCGUGUCCAUUGUUUGUGUUGUGUUUACACAGGAGGGCCAAGGCGCUGGUGGUGGUGGUGGUAGUAAUGGUGACCGUGGACAGGGAGAGGAGGAUGGGGGCGAGGAGGCCCGCAGGAAGCGACUCAGACGCGCCGACGCACCGGUAACCUCCCAUAUCAGCCUACACACACACACACACAGACAGACAGAGAGAGAGGGUGAUGGAUGCUCACUAAAGCCCUCCAAAACUCCUCCCUCCCUAUCUCUGUAUGUGUGUGUGUCUGUGUGUGUGUGUCUGUGUGUGUCAGGAGGGUGAGAGUGGUCGUGACCAGGACGAGACUCAGGAGGCGGCUCGUGCCAAGAGGCGGGAGAAGAGGCGGCAGCACAUACAACAACUACGGUGAGUGCGGGGCGUACCUGUGUGGCACGUUGGUGUGCACACAAACACAUGGAUGGAUGGAUGGAUGUGUGUGUGUAUUCAGGCGCGCCAACGAAGUGGCGAUGCACCGCUACUACGCUGGGGUAAGCAGCCCCCACUUAGCCCCUCCCAGACGCACACAGAGACAGAUGCGCACAUAGCAACUGGAUGCGAUGCGUGUGUGCAUGUGUGUAUGUGUGACUGUGUGUUAGGUGUGGAAGGCGACCCCCACAGCGUGUUUCCUGAGGCGCGUGCUGUCGAUGAACGACAAGGCCAUCGUCACCGCUGAAGCCAUCUGGUGGGUAUGUUUGUAUGUGUGUGUGUGUGUGUGUCCUUAGUAGUGAAGUGGCACCACACACACACAGACACAGAGAGAGGGAGAGAGUGGCAGGAGUGAAAAGGAUUGACGCACUCUUACCUUCCUCACACAACGGGGAUCUCUCUCCCUCCCUGCCCCUCUCUCUCUCUCUCUCUCUCUCCCUGUGUGUGUCUACAGGGCAGAGCAGGUAGCGUUGGUGUGGUCUUGGCAGUUGGGUCUCAUCGGCGAGAGGGUCUACCGCGUCAGAAUCGAUGCCGCACAGAACCUCAUGACAGAACAACACAUCGAGUCAGUGCCUACAUUACGUGCAGAUAGAGAGAGAGAGGGUGCAAGAGAGAGAGGAGUGUGUCAUUGUGUGGUUGUGCCCUGGAUGAAUGAAUGGUUGCAGUUGGGGCGCGCUGUCCAUCGACCCGGUGGACCUGCUCCUGCCGCUAUACAGACAGCAGUCAGCACACACACAUCCCUCCCCCGAUACGAAUACAAACACACACAAGGACCAUACGCCUGUGUGCAUCCUUUGUGUUGUGUGUGGGUCGGUGUCUGUGUGUGUGUGUGUGUGUGUGUCGGUCGGCAGGACGAUUCGCAGAGCGAUGCAGUGCUCGGAGAUUCUCUACCGUACUCUCAGAUACUUCCUGGGAGACGUACGCACACACACAGAGAGAUAGAGAGAUAGAGAGAAAAUUUCUGUGUGUGCACUAAUUCUCUUUCUCUCUCUCUCCGUGUGUGUGUGUGUGUGUGUGUGUCCGUCUGUGUGUGUGUGCGUGUGGCAUCAGGCACAGGCGAAGCGCAACAUCAAUCGGUGUCUGACGUGCCUCGGCGAGCACAGAACAUCUGUACGCACACACACACAGAGAGGGGGGGGAUGGAUGCGUGUAAGCGUGUGUGUGUGCAUUGUGUGUGUGUGUAUUGUGUUGAUCAGCGGUAUGAGAACGACAGCUGGAUGCAGAUGCUCGAGACCAUGCAGGACAAAAUACGUACCAAACUAGAGUGAGUCAGUAACCUACUGACCAAUCACACACAAUGGUCCAUCCAUCCAUUGUGUCUGUCUAUGUGUGUGUGUGUGUGUGUCAUCCAGCGAUUCCGUCCGCGAGCACUUCGGCCACCCACAGGAGACCAUCCUCGAGUGAGUAAACAAACCAACCACACACACACACCGACCCCUCCCUAUGUGUGUCUGUCGUGGUGUGUGUGUGUGUGUGUUGUGUGUAGGUAUCCGACGUUCAAGCGCAAGUUGGAGCACCGCCGCGACAACCGGCUGUUCCCCGAGAUGACACCACUUGACGUGGCCCAUGUGCUCAUGACACGUAUGGACAUUGAGAUCUGUGUCUGUGGAUGGAUGGGUGGGCAAAUGAGUGCAUGCUCUGUAUGUGUCACCCCCACUCAGUGUGGGACCAUUCCCCAGCUGACGUGCGCUCGGCGAUCACCUGGUCAGCACACACACACACACUCACACACACACUCACAGAGAGAGAGAGAGGGAGAGAGGGCGCCCAGAAAUGCAUACAGACGGACCUGUAUAUACUCUGUGUGGGUGCAGUUCCCCGUGUGCGGCGUUGACAGAGGGCAUCAGCGGCGCCAUCGCACUGCAGCAGGCCCUGUUCGACGUGGUGCGCACACACACAUAUACACACACACAGAUGGAUGGAUGGAUGGAUGUGCAAAUGGUGGAUGGAUGUGUAUGUGUGUGUAGGUGACACAGUGCCGCACGGGCACUACACAAGAGGUCCGUGUCCACACACAGACGUCGCCACCCACAAACGCAAAACAGCUGUCUCUCUCUCCCUCUGUGUGUCUGUGUGUGUGUGUGUGUGUGUGGUGUGCAGUGUGUGUAUGCCGACAUGCGUUUCACCGUCUACCAGGCCGACAUCACCAACGAGGAGUUCUGCGACCUACUCGGGUGCGUUGGAUUGUGCUGCUUGCCCCUUGUGUGUGUUGUGUGGAUGAUGUAUGCAUGGGCAUCCUGUGUGUCAUCGUGUGUGUCAGGGAGCCGUUGAUGCUGCGCCGUAUGGCCAAGCUGCUGAGUGAGAACCCCAAGUCGCCGAAUGAGGAGAUGGUGACCCUCUCUUCCCCAACACACACAUACAUAGAAGGGUGCAUAUGUGUGUGUGUGUGUUUUUGUUUGGCAGGAGAACUAUUCUGGCGAGGCCAAGAACGUGUGUCUGAUCGUCAACAUCACGUACACACACACAUACACAGGGAGAGGGAGAGAGAGAGAUGCCAAUCCACCCACCCAUCUGUGCGCACAUGUGGAUGUGUGUGUGUCAGGGAGGCUCGUGCCCGUGUGAUUGGGUACAGGCCUGGCAUGAGCAGGGAGACCCCCAAGUACCCACAGCACCAUCCACAGCACACACACGUGCACCCAUCCAUCCAUCCAUCCACUGGUCCAUUGGUCCAUUCAUCCAUCUCUCUCUCUCUCUCUCUGUGGGUAUGUAUGUGUGUGUGUCAGUCCGUUCAACCAGUGGUUCAAUUGGGUGCGCCACCACCACAUAGACGGUGGACAGCAUGCCAUCACAUACACAGGCAAGCCAAACAACACAACACACGUGACACGCCACACACAGGGCGUGCGCUGUGUGCAUCUCCCUCUCUCUCUCUGUGUGUGUUCUCGUUCAUCGUAUUAUUAUCAUCCAUCAGAUUACGACCGUUCGAUUCUGACGAUCGACAGCGACAUGCUGGAGAAAUUCGUAGAGGCACUCAUCGUACGCACGGACGCAAACACAGAGAGACAGCGAGACAGAGAGAGAAUGGGACAGAUGGAUGUGUGUGUGUGUGUGUGUCAGGGUGAUCACAAGGAUAGCGCCAACUAG